CGGGUUUGUUUCUUCCGGAUUCAACAGGACCUAGAGGAUUUUGGUGCGAAUUUUAGCAUUUUAUUUUCUAAUUUAUCAAGUUAUAUCGGUCAUUAUUGAUUUAUGUGACAAAUUCUGAGUUUUAGUUGUUAUCUAAAGAGUCAGCUCACUUCUUUAGCUAAGCGCUUAGUUGACGUGCUAUGAUGUUAUGUUAUUUGCCGUCAUGAAGGAGCUUCCACCAGACACCGUGCGACUUCUGUCCAGCUCCCAGGUCAUCACGUCUGUGGUGAACGUUGUGAAAGAACUAAUAGAAAAUUCCUUGGAUGCUGGAGCUUCGAGUGUGGACGUUAAACUGGAGAACUAUGGCUUGGACCGGAUAGAAGUGCGUGACAAUGGCCGUGGAAUCAAAGCUGGAGACACUCAUGUGAUGGCUGUGAGACAUUUCACUUCAAAGAUCUGCAGCCACGAAGACCUGGAACAUCUGGAAACAUACGGCUUCAGAGGGGAAGCGCUUGGCUCCAUCUGUGCUGUGGCUGAGGUGUCUGUUACCACAAAGACGGAGGAAGACGACGUCAGCACUCAGUACUUGCUUGACUUUGGAGGGAACAUUGUCUCCCAGAAGCCGUCUCAUCUGGGCCAAGGGACAACAGUGAGUGUGAUGAAGCUUUUCAAGAAUCUUCCAGUGAGAAGACAGUACUACUCCAAUACUAAGAAGUGCAAAGAAGAACUAAAGAGAGUGCAGGACGUGCUGGUGGCCUACGCCAUCAUAAAACCCCAACUGAGACUCAUGCUCGUUCACAAUAAGGUGGUGCUGUGGCAGAAGGCCAAGGUGGCCGAUAACAGAAGCGCCCUCCUCGCUACGCUGGGACCCGGCGCUGUUGCCAGCUUGAUUCCUUGCCACCAUCUCCAAGAGCAACCAGAGAUUAGUUUAGACGGAUUUUUCCCCAAACCUGGUGCCGAUUACUCCUCCACCAGCUCAUCGAGCCCCGACAAAGCUUUUAUAUUUGUGAAUGACAGACCUGUCCAGCAGAAGGAAGUAAUGAAGUUGCUGCGACAACGCUACAGCGCUCAGUAUCCGGAUGACCCAGGCCGAGGCCGAUAUCCAAUCGUCAUGCUCAAAAUCACGGUUCCACCUUCUUCAGUGGACGUUAAUCUGACACCGGACAAGACCCAGGUUCUCCUUCACAACAAGGAGGACGUACUGACGGCAGUGGAAGCAUUGUUGGUUUCUCUCUAUGGUUUUCGGCCCGACGCUGACUUCCAGGCUGAGAAGCCGCUCAGACCUGAGACGUUUCCCCCAUCGUCACCAUCGUCUAGUCCUGUGCAGACGGACGCUUCACAACUGGACACUGAGAAGAGUGGAGACGUCAGCAACCACCAGGAUCCCGUCCUCAAAGACGUCCCCAAACACGGGGACGCAGCUCCGUCCACGACGAGCCGCCAGACUUCGAACUGCAGCUCCUCGUCCUCCAUAGCGGACGACUGGGUUGUCAACCACAUCCCGGCUGACUUUGAUUCCAACUUCUCUCUCUGUGAUGAAGAAAUGUCUCAGAGCUGCACGGAGACAACAGAAACAGGUCCAGCAUCUCCAGAGGGAUUUGUGGACAAUGCAGGGUCACACACCAAAACAAUAUCAGCUGAAGACUGGAGCCGGGGGACGGCUCUGACCGACCCGGUAUCAGGAGAACCUCUGCAGCCCAUCAAAAUACAUCAACCCUCAGAGCCGAAGAGUCAGAGCACCGCAACCAAAAAGGUUCUCAACGCCGUAACGGAGAAGCGAGCCGGCCUCACGGCCUACGACCUCAUCAGCAACCGCGCCAUGAGGGCACCGCUGUCUCCCGCCGCCCAGUUCGAGAAGCAGGCCAGAGCCCAGGUCCUCAUGGAGAAACCCGCAGCCAGUCUGCAGGAUGUCAGCGUCGCCGUUCACGAGAAGUGGAAAAAUCUGAGGGAGGACGACCGUAAGAAGUACGAGGAGAGGGCGAAAAAACAGCUGGAACACCACGACCGACGGACCAAGCUGACCUCGGGCGAAGGCCCCGGAGAGCCCGGCGUGAACGCCCCCAGGAUGGCGGGUCAGAAACGCAAAGCCCCGCCGUCCAACCAGCAGCUCCUGGACGAGCUCUUCUCCGUCUCCGCGCAGCCCCAGAAGAAGACGAAGAACCCCGCCACCAAGCCCUCGCGCUCCCUCCCCUGCAGCAUGGCCGCCCUUCGGCGGCGGCUCCAGCGCCUCUCGGCCCAGAGCGGCGCAGCGCCGCCGCGGGGCCUCCGCCUCGUAAACCGCCUGGCCUCUCAGAGCGCCUGGGUCAUUUUAUGUGGGCAGAAGCUCAUGUUGUUAAACCCGUUUCGGGUGGAGGAGGCCUUGCUGUUUAAGAGACUUCUAGAGAAUAAUAUACUUCCAGCCGUGAGUCUGCAGAACCCUGUGCAGUUAACAGAUGGAAAUCUGGGGGGAGCUGAAUAUACUGAGGCUUUGUGCAACAUGGAGAAACAAACCCCGGAGCUGAAUGGAGGGGCCCUGUUCUCUGAUCCCAGGCUCGUGGCUAAUGGCUUCAGAAUAAAAAUGACUCCAGGCCUCAUGUCAGCUGAGAGACAUCUGGAAGUGACAGCGAUGGCAGACUGCGUGCCUUUCCUCGGCGUGGAGGACCUGAGGGAGAUCCUGGCUGCAGUUCUUCACAGAAAAGCCAGGACUGUGCAGGAGUGCCGUCCACUCAAAGUCUCAAACUACCUACAAGGUGAAGCGGUUCGACUCGUCCGUCAGCUGCCUACGAAUUUACCUCGGGAAGAUGUGGAGGAAAUCCUCGCACGGAUGGAACGGCAGCUGGGCGAGACGGACCGGAGCUGCAUCCACGGGCGACCGUUCCUCCAGCAGCUGUCUGACGUCCCGUCCACAGACCAGGAAGCCAAGUCUCUGCUGAGGCCUUUAGAGCUGUGACCAACUCACUGUCCACGUCGUUUUACAAACUCACUUUUUGUUACGAAACAAUGUGAAAUAAACAUAUUUUUCUACAUUUGCA